AUGUGGUCUCACUCACCAACACAUCUUGCAAUUUCUCCACCGAUAUCUAUAAUCACCCCUUCAUCAAUCCUACGUCAAAACGCUUGUUCUUCGACCCAGGAAGCUCAGAGCAAGCAUUUGCCUGUGAGCAACGUUCGUUCACCAUGCGAUAUAAGUUAUCCUCAGCCAGCUUGCAUCCGUCAAUCAAUGUCUCGAGCAAGAUCUCUCCAUGAACCUGCAAAACUUUCAUUGUCCACAAACUUUACACCAUCUCCUCCACCACGAUACUCCCUCUUUCCAUCUCCAUCAACAUCUCCGUCAACAUCUCCGUCAACACCUCCGUCAACAUCUCCGUCAACACCUUCAUCAACACUACCAAUGCUUAUGCAACGUUCAUCUUGCAGGCCUUGUGCGCACGAAGAGAUCUCUGGCAAUGCUUCCUUGAAAAUUCACGAGGUUUUUCCCAGCCAGCGUGUUAUCGUUAUUGAAGUGGCAUUCCAGCACUUCUGCAUUCCAACAAACCUUGUUAUGUUGCAUCCUGUUGGACACUUUGUACUUCUUCGAAGUAUACAUACUAUGGGACAGUGGAAGCAAUAUUUGGCAUUGUGGAGACAGACACUUUGGUUGUCAGCUGGUGGCCUUCGUCGUCUUCAAUUGGAAUACGAGAAUGGGUAUUGGAUCAUUCAAAAUACAGAUGACAUGUGUUCCUGUGCGAGAAAAGUGGCAUUCACAGAUCAGUCUAUUGGGAGCACAUGGGAAGGUAGAGCUUUGUUGGCAUGGGAGAGGAAUAUUUUGUUCUUUUUCUGGGAGAUGACUUGUGAUAUGAUAAAAGGUCUUUUCACAAUAUUUAUCCGUUUUGUAUACUGGGUGAUAGAUGGUUGA